AUGGCGGCGCUGAGGGCGGCGGGGGCGGCGCUGCUGCGGCCCGGGCGCGGGGAGGCGGCGGCCAGGCUGGGCUACCACAAGAAGGUGGUGGAUCACUACGAGAACCCGCGCAAUGUCGGCUCCCUCGACCGCAACGCCAAGAACGUGGGCACCGGCCUGGUGGGCGCCCCGGCCUGCGGCGAUGUCAUGAAGCUGCAGGUGGAAGUGGAUGAGAACGGAAGGAUCGUCGAUGCCCGUUUCAAAACCUUCGGCUGCGGGUCGGCGAUCGCGUCGAGUUCAUUGGCGACGGAGUGGGUCAAAGGGAAAACGGUUGACGAAGCAUUGAAAAUCAAGAACACGGAUAUCGCUAAAGAACUCUGCCUUCCUCCCGUCAAACUGCACUGCUCGAUGUUGGCUGAAGACGCAAUCAAGGCUGCCUUGGCCGAUUACAAGUUGAAGCAGGAUCCAAACAAAGAAGAGUCAGAGAAGAAAGCAAACAAUGCCUAAACUGACUGUAAAGCUUGUUCUCAUUCCACUUAAAUUUGCAGUGCAAUUAUUCUAGCUAUUAGUAGGAUCCUGCGCACUACUAAAUGAAGCUGUAAGAUACGCACAACUUACGCACAACGUGUCACUCUUCGUGUGUGUACGGCCACUCUCGUAGUGCUUACACGUCUGGGAUGUGGGUGUUUCAGCAGCCUGUGUCCUCUCACGACUGUGUGUGAAACCUUAAGAGUGAAGACGACUGCUCAGCUGCAGAGAACUCUGUGGCUUCUCUCGGGAGAGAAAAUCCUGCUGUUCCGGUACUGGAAGGGCUGCACUUUUUUGGAAGAUGUAUAGUUUUGCCUAAUAUUUUAUGGAAUUUAGUGGGAAACAUUGCCUUGGUCUUUAUGUAAGAACUGCAGAUCAGUCUGUGUAUCAAUGCAGUAUACAAAUGUGGGGCAGCGCGUCUGCCUGCAAGUUUA